CUGCCAUACAAAAAGCUUCCCUCUCCUCUUCCUCAGCUCAGACUUGGAAGAGGACCUCCUGCAAGGCUCCAUUAUGGUCCGAGUGCGUUUAUCCGCGAAGGUUUUGUUCCUACUGCUCCAGAGCGCACUUGUGUUGGCGUUCCACUCUAGGAAUGAACCGGUGCGGAAAAGAAGAGAAUGGAUCCUCCCUCCAAGGGCACUCAAAGAGAAUGUAGAUUACACGGGAAAGGAGUCGAUCGCCAAGGCAAGAGCCUCUUUUGUCCACAAGGGGGCACUCGUGAACACAUUUCACAUAUCCCAGCAUUUCGGUUCCAUUCUCUGCAACUUUUGUGUCUAAUUCAGAUUCGAUCUGAUUUUGAAACUCACCGGAACAUCAGCUACUCCCUGGAGGGCAUCGGUGCAAGCCAGUACCCGUUCAACGUCUUUGUGGUGGACUCCAAAACGGGACUUAUUCGCGUCACCCAACUGCUCGACAGGGAGGUCAUCGAUACCUACAAUUUGCUGGGCAUCGCCAGAUUCAACGAUGGCACCGAGGCAGAGAAAAGGAUCGACCUCCGCAUAAAGGUGCUCGACGAGAAUGACAACGAGCCACAGUUUGACGCCAUGAAGCCCGUCGACGUGUAUGAACGUAGCCCUGCGGGGACGCCAGUCACGACUGUCACAGCGACUGACGCCGAUGAACAGGGCAACCCCAACUCUCAGCUGCUCUACACCAUCGUGAAGCAGACCCCACCUCACAACAUGUUCCGCAUGCACAACGAUGGUAACAUCUAUGUGGACAAAUCUACUCUGGAUAGAGAGACGACAGAUCAGUACUUUGUGACAGUGCAAGCUCAGGACCUCAAUGGCGACCCUGACGGCCUCACGGGAACCAGUACCUUGACCAUCAAUGUGCUGGACAUCAACGACAACCUUCCAACGCUGGAAAAAGACGAGUAUGAGGGAAGCAUAAUGGAGAACACCGAGGGUGUGGAGGUGGUGAGGAUCAAAGCUCAAGACCUGGAUCUGAAGGACACCGAAAACUGGCAAAGUGUGUUUGAUAUCGUCAAAGGCAACGAGGCCAAGUACUUCAGCAUCAAAACGGACACAAAGACCAACGAAGGCAUCCUAAUGCUUGAUAAGGCUGUGGAUUAUGAGGACGUGAAGGACUUGGCACUUGAACUCACUGUGAGGAACAAGGCUCCACUUUAUGAAGGAUUUCCGCAAAGCACCACGCGUAAAACGUAUCGUGUCAAAGUCCACGUACAAAACCAGCGUGAAGGCCCAUAUUUUGAUCCCAAAGUCAAAGUGAUCACCCUGCCGGAAGGAGGCGGUACUCCUGGCAAAGAUGUCAUUGCUCACUAUCCAGCACUAGAUGGCGACACUGGGAAACCAGCUGAGAAAGUCAAGUAUCUUAAAGGUUUGGACCCUGACAAUUGGCUCAGCAUCGACCCAGAAACCGCUGACAUCAGAUUGAACAAGAUGCCCGACAGAGAGUCCACUUUCUUGGUUAACGGAACAUAUUACGCUCAAGUGCUCUGCAUUUCUGAAGACAUCCCCUCGAGCACCGCCACUGGCACUGUGGCCAUCCAGGUGGAAGACCUUAACGACCACUGUCCCACCCUGACUAGUACCACCCAAACUCUGUGCAUUCCUGACGAUGCCAUCAUUGUCACCGCCGUCGACGAAGACGACUUCCCCAAUGGAGCCCCUUUCAGCUUUGAAAUAAUCUCAGAGGCAGCUGAGGGGAAAUGGCAGGCGGAGCAUCUCAAUGAUACCGCAACCAUCCUGAGAGCCCAACGGUCCUUAUGGCCUGGUCUACACAAGGUGGAAUUACUGGUCAAGGACCAGCAGGGGCAGGCGUGCUCUGAACCACAGAAAAUAAUGGUCCAAGUGUGCACAUGCGAGGAUGGAUUUAUCUGUGGAAGACGAGGCGGAAGAGGUCAGCCCGACAAGAAAUCAGAGUUCGGACCCGCAGGCAUCGGACUACUACUCCUGGGCCUGCUAUUGCUACUGCUGGUUCCCCUGCUGUUGCUCUUCUGUCAGUGUGGGGGGGCUGCGGGGCUGCCGGGGAGUGCCGCGGUCAUACCAUUUGAAAGCGAGUCCCACUUGGUCACUUACUCCACUGAAGGCCAAGGGGAGAACGCGGAGGUGCCGCUAAACCUCAUCCCGACACAGCUGUUCGCUGAAGACGUGAGCGAUCACAUGAAGCAGUCGGUCUUUCAGGACACCUUCCAGGGAAACAUGGAGCAGUCCUGGGCAAGGAGACAGGCCGACGUGAACACCUUCUACUCCAGGUUUGGGGAUGCAGCGGUUGGACACAAGGCCAUGGAAGUGCAGGACAGCAUCGCUUUACCGGACCACCUGAUCGCCCAAUACUACCAACAGAAGGUGUACAGCGAAGGUGGCGGAGACAGUCUGGCGGAGAAGGAUGCUCUUUUGAAGUACAAUUUUGAGGGCCAAGGCUCCUCAGCCAGCUCGGUGGGCUGCUGCAGCCUCCUGGAGAACGACAAUGACCUGCAGUUCCUUGACAACCUCGACCCCAAGUUCAAGGCCCUGGCGGGAGUGUGCCGCGGCCACAAGUUUGGAGCAGAUGUCAUCCCACAACCAACAAAGGUCGUGACUGGACCAAGCCCGGAACUCCCGAAGUUACCUCCACUUGUCUCCGUGGUAGACCAGACUGUGACUCAAGUGGCGAAGGAAAACAUGACCAGGCGGAAUCAAGGGAUUACGGCAAUGAAGGCAGGGAUGGAAAACCAAGGCCAGAUGUUCUUGUUACAGCAGCAGCAGCCUUUCUAUUACACCGCUGCCACUCCCAUUCAGUACGUAGUCCAACCACAAGUCCAGAACACCAUGCUGCUGGCUGAGGCACCAGCUACCAGUCUCCAGGGCGUAGUUCUGGCAGCACCUGCCCAAGGCAUGUUAGUAUCUGGCGGACACACCAAGGAUGCCGGCAUGGUGCUGGUUGAGAACCCCAAGGUCCAGACCAAGAUCCACAGCAGAAAUCAUCCCAGCCUCCAGAACAUGGUCGUGGUAGAAAGCAAGCGCCCUGUAGGAUCUGUAAAAGUUCUCAGGGGGAGCCAAACCUCACCUGUGCAAGCAGGUGGAGAAGCUGAAUGGAUUUCUCGACCUCAGAAAGUCCGUUGGGUGGAAGGGUCAUCAACCAUACACGAAGCUGGAAGUAUGUCCCAGAAGAGGAACACCUCUGGAUCUGUAAAGUCCUUCAACAUCAAAAGCACCAUCACCAAGUCCACCGGACCUCAGGAGGCUUCUCCCAGAAUCCCAAUCUACCGCAAUUAAUGGCUAUGAGAUGUUCCCAUUGCAGACGCCACUUGGAGACUAUUCCCGUCUGGAUUUUGAGCCAUUCCUGCUGACUUGCUUCCUGUGCAAUGAACUGAACUUAAAGAACAUAUUUCCUCUUUCUUUGUAUGUAAAAAGUAUGUUUGUUUUUUUUUAGGCACUUUGCUAUCAGGUAUUGAGCCGCCCUCCCCUACUCUUUAAGAACUGGAGUGCCUCUCGCUGUUUCAUGGUUGUGCAAGUUACUCGUUGCUUGUUAGUUAGCUGGUGGCUCGCGCUUCUCGUCGCAUUGUGGAUGACCUUCGUGACAAUCCGGCGCAACGUAUUUUUCAUUUUAUUGUUUAUUUGAAAGGGACCGUGCGCAUCGACGAACACUGCUACAUUACCUGCGUAAAAGUGUCCAAUUUAGCAUAUGGCUAAUUUACAUUCAUGAUCCCUUGGUUGGUAGGUAACAUAAAACAAAGACAAGAGUAGCCGCAGGCUUUACGCAGAAAUAAUUCCGGGUCUCAAACAGGUAGCGACUUGUAGGUGUAAGAAAGACGCGAGAGAAAGUCGCAUCCCUUUUUCAGGCCACAGAAUUUGUAUCCGAUUGACAUUUGAGCGGGUCGGGGUUUGUUUCAGGGCAUUCAGUUGGGCAAGGCCAAGAUUUUGAAGCCUCGUUUUAUUUACUUUUUAACAAUUCAAAUUUCACAGGGCUCUCGAAUUUGCAAGAGAGAUUUAUUUUCACAAUACAGGGACUUAAAUUAGUUGGGCUCAAAAUAUGUCACCUCUGGGUGUGAAAGCACACUUUCAUUAUGUUGCUUUGCACUCAGACAAAAAGUCAAGACCUGAAUAAAUACUUUUGACGGAAAACUACAUGAAUGCACCAAAUAAAAUCUCAUACUUAAAUGAGAAAAUAAUAAAAUGUUUCGUGUUUAAUCACCCCAUGACAAUUCAACAACAACAACAACAAAGUCCCAGAUUUCAUAUUUGAAAAGAGAAAUAAAACUAACAAAUGCGGAAAUAAAUUUUCAUGAACCAUUUUUAGGGUAUAAGAAACACACAAUUUUAGCCGCCGCAUGUGUGAGAGUCAUUCCAGUCGUCGAUAUGGUGAGCUAAAGUGAAUAAAAGAAAUCACCUGGCCACGUAUACAAAACAAGCGGAGAGCACUAUGGGUGUGUCUGUCGAGAUUGUGUGUGCCUGUGCCUGUGUGGGCCUUCGUUGCGGAACCGGUUUUCAACCCCCAACACACACGCACACACACACACACACAAACUCACCGCCACUUUUUCUCGCCGUCACUCGAUUAAAUAACUCGACAUGAUGCUUCCUCAUUAGUGAAAUGAAUAAACGUAAAUGUCGUUUAUGUCCUUAUUUGUAUUUUUCAUAUUGUCGUGAGCAGCCUAACCUUCUGGAUGCAUCAUUGCUAGCUUCCUGUCGUGUGUCAUCUACAUUUAUAUAACUCUGUCCAUUCUCCUGCUGUGUUUAGAAGACGGGCACUGUCAGUUUGUUGACUACUCCCACGGCG